UCAAGAAAAUGGGGUGUUAAUGUCCCAGUUUGUUUGUCUAGAUCUUUCAACUUAAUGCACAAUACGUGUCGACAUAUCAUUGUGUAGCACACUGUAGCGGAGGGAGGCAGUUAAGUCUUGGAUCUCGUGUGUUUCAGUUCACUCGCCAUUAAAAUCGCUAGUAUGUCUACUAGGGCGAGUUUGAACUGCGUGUUAUAACAGCGCUGUGUUUUGCGUUGCAGUCAGUCUGACGGUGUCUGUGGUAGUACGUGCAUAUGAAGAGAAAUGGCGCCUUAGGAAUUUUCAAGGAACCAAACAACUCCUUAGACAGACGGACACUGUAUUUACAAUUGUAAUUACCGAUAUGUUGGAGCAUAAAGUGUUUAGUGGCAGUUUUCUUGUGGUCACAUCGGUGUGUUAUUGUUUGUGAUGUGGAAGACUUGCUCGUGAAGGUAAAAUAGUAGUGUUUAUCCCAGGCAGGAUUCGUGGUCAGAAUUUGGCUGCAGAUGCAACCCGCAAAACCACAAGACACCAUGAAAGCCGGGGGCCUCCAAUACGCGUCUUGUCCCCAACUCGAAAAGCGCGUUCCCGAGGAAGCUGUCGAGGAGCGAGCGGUGCGACAUCUGACGAGCAAAUACGACUCUUACCACGGCUUUCUGCUGCAGCAGCAGAACCGGCGUCGCGUAAGUUCACUCGAUGGUUCAGAGACGGCGACCGAUGUGAGCAGCAGCAGCAGCAGUUCAGCGGCCGAAGAACGACUCCAAGUUACCGAACAGGAGCGCUUACAAGUCGGAACCUUCUUCAGAGGUCUCAAGACGCAGGUGUUUGUCUGUGGCUCACUGGCAAACCUGUACCUGGGCUCCACAUCAUGUGAAGGCCAAUGGGAGCUCAGCCACAUGGGCAUCCCAUUGCUCGUGCUGGACAGUGGUGAGACCCGGUCCCGGAACAAGCGCCGCAUCCAGAUUGUCCUGGCAGAACGAGGGACUUGCUUCACACUCUGGCAAGACAUAAUUGACAACUUGAGCUCAUACCGUGUUGCUGGUCAAGCAUUCCACACGAUGCAUUUGUCAUCAGACCACAGUGUUCUUGUGGGACUUAGCUUCGAUUCACUAGUGGCCGCAGAUGAGAUGUGGGGUCAUGUGGAGAGGCUCACAGCACGCCCAGAGAAUAUAAGUCUCUCUGUGCCAGGCAGGCGGGGAAAAAAGCCACGAAGAACUCCCAAACCUCAGCCCCUACCUGCAAAGAGUCACAUAUCACAGCCUUGCUGUUUUCAGCACGUGACAAGUGUUGAUGUUGCAGACAGGAUGAGGUACCUGUCGCUAAGGGUGCUAGUGCCUGGCUUACAGGAUAAGACAGUAACAGACCUGUAAGCUUGGUGCAUGGGAAAUUGUGUGUUGACUGAAUGAGGAAUUAGAUUCUUGGGUACUUUGACAAUUCCGUUAUUGAGCCGGGCAUUAUUAGGUGCUUUGGAACUUAUGUGUGUCUGAUUAAGUCAGAUGUCUGGGUAGUUAGAUACUUGGGAACUUAUGUGUCAGAAUCUAGCCCAUUUCAUAAAGCCCACCGAACUGUAAAAACUUUGCCAUUCCCUUGCAUUUAGUAUCAUUUAGUUUAAACUUAAUUUGAUUGGGGACUUACAUGAAUUCUGCAACUGUUAGGUGGCCAAUAAUAGGCCUUAUUUCAAGCAGAUGAUUAGUUAUUUUGUAAUGUGUACAAAAAAGUUUCUUUGUUUUGAGGAAUUUCGGACAAACGGAUUCCUGGAAGACACUCGAGACACUUCAUGGCCAGUGCUACAUGCUGUGAGUGUGUAAUCGUGUGAAUACGCGGAAUAAGACUGGAUGUUUGGUGCAAGAAAGGGUGUUUUGUGUAUUGGAAUAUUUUCAAUUUUUGUGUUUAUUUGCAUAUUAUGCUUGGCUACACUUAUGAAGAAUUAUAAUCUUAAUAACUGUGAUAAACUAAUGAAUCAGCUGGAGUGGAAAUGGCUGUACUACUGGGAGCAAAAGGAAUUGUCUUCAUGGCCAUUUCAGGUUUGUAUUUUUUGAUGAGGGAAAUACUGUCUCAAAGUCAAAGGAUUGAACCAAAAACUGUAGAAAUAUGAGUCUGGUUACCAUCUCUCUCCCCAAGCACCCACAUGGCGCAUAGUGGGACAGAUUUACAUUACUUUUUUUAUACUAUAUAACUAUAUCUGUAUAUCUUUACAUGUGUGCGCAUGUUAGUGCAAGUAGGAAUUACUUGUAAAAAGACUCGUUAUGUUUAGAGUAGUGUCACAUAUGUUUAAGAUAUAUCACUAUAUAUUUUAAUCCAUGUUUUAUAGUUGAGCCAAAAGAGUUAAUGAUUUUUACCUUUCAAAAAUGUUAUUACUAUGAUUGUUCUGUAAGUUUUGUUAUAUGGAUAUACAAGAAGGGAGUCCCAUAUGCGUGUCUUCAGCUGAAUUUUUAAUAUGAAAUAAUUUAUACUGCAGAAUUAAUACAAUGUUUUUGAAGCAGAUUUUACAGUGUAAAUUAAAACUGAGAGCAAGUUCCUUGUAAGAUAUGAUGUCAUAUUAAUUUGCAUUUUACUCGGAAUCUUUUUUUUAUAUAUGCAGUCAUACGUGUCAGUAUCAAGUGACUUUUUUCAUCAGAAUAGAGAUGGUUGUUUGUGAAACUGUGGAAACAGUUUAUUUUAUAGUUGACAACAGAUUAAAGAACAAAUACAGAUUGUAAGAAUUUUCAAACAUAUGAAUACAAAUACUCUCUCUGUACUGUAUUGGGAUCUGUUGCACAGACAGGAUCCCUUUGUAGAAUAGACACUUCAUGAAUGA